AUGUUCCUCCAACGUACAGCCUCCGCCCUCGCCAGGCGCUCGCCUGCCCGCGCUUUCACCCUCGCCCAGCGCCCCUUCUCUUCCUCCGUCAUUCGCUCCAACGAGAAGAAGUGGGCUCCCAAGCAGGAGGGCAAGAUCCUGACUUUCGAUGAGAUCAAGGUCGAGGACGACCUCCUUGCUCCCGGUGCCAAGCCCGGUACCAUUCCCACCGAUCUCGACCAGGCCACCGGUCUCGAGCGUCUGGAACUCAUCGGAAAGAUGCAGGGCAUUGACAUCUUCGACAUGCGUCCCCUUGAUGCCUCCCGCAAGGGCACACUCCAAGAUCCCAUCAUCGUCAACAGCGCCGGUGAUGAGCAGUACGCUGGUUGCACCGGUUUCCCCGCAGACUCCCACCAGGUCAACUGGCUGACCGUCUCCCGUGAGCGCCCCAUCGAGCGCUGCCUCGAGUGCGGCAACGUGGUCAAGAUGAACUACAUCGGACCCGAGGAGGACCCCCACGCCCACGACCACGACCACGGUCACCACCACCCCCCUCACGUCGAGCCCAAGACCUUCGCCGACUACGUCAAGCCCGACUACUGGUACCGGUAA